UCGUCCAAGAUUGACUCGGUGGUGGAUGUGGCGAGUCAGACUUGCCAUAUCACUUGCCCAUCUCAACAUCGGUGCACGCCUCGCCCAUACUGCGGCCAUGGCCAGCGUAAACAGGACUGCCCAUCCAUUUGACAAGAGCCGCUUAGAAGCUCUCCUCAAUCGCCGAUUUUUCUACGCCCCUGCAUUCGAAAUCUACGGAGGCGUAGCUGGGUUAUAUGAUUACGGUCCCCCUGGGUCCUCCCUUCAAGCCAACAUCAUCGCUGAAUGGCGUCGACAUUUCAUCGUAGAAGAUCACAUGCUUGAGCUCGACACGACGAUUAUGACGCCCGCGCCGGUUUUCGAGACUUCCGGUCACGUUGCGCGCUUUGCUGAUUGGAUGGUGAAGGACGAAAAAACUGGAGAUGUCCUUCGCGCCGAUCAUCUCGUAAAAAACGUUCUCCAAGCGAGACUCGCAGGAGACCUGGAGGCGAGGGGCUUUGCAGCAGAUAAGGUCAUGGAAGACGAGAAGAAAAAGAAGAAGAAGAUCAAGACAACUGCCGUGCAGUUGCCUGAUGAAGUCGUGAAGGAGUACAAGAGCAUCCUCGCUCAGUUAGACAACUAUUCUGGACCGGAGCUAGGUCAGUUGUGCAGGAGUCACGAUAUCCGCAAUCCGGACACCGGAAACCAGGUCGGAGAACCCCAACAGUUUAAUCUUAUGUUCGCGAGUAGCAUCGGUCCCACCGGUCAACACCCUGGCUUCCUCCGCCCGGAAACUGCACAGGGCCACUUCCUCAACUUUUCGCGCUUGCUUGAGUUCAACAAUGGCCGGAUUCCUUUUGCAUCCGCCCAGAUUGGGAAAUCAUUCAGGAAUGAAAUCUCUCCGCGUGCCGGUCUCCUUCGCGUGCGCGAAUUCACUAUGGGCGAGAUCGAGCAUUACGUCGAUCCUGAAAACAAAAGCCAUGCUCGAUUCGCUGAAGUCCGCCACAUCGUACUCCCUCUUCUCAACCGCUUCGUACAAGAGUCCGGGUCCACGCAAGUAACCAAAAUGUCCAUCGGUGCAGCAGUCGACAGGGGCAUCGUGGCUAACGAAACUCUAGGCUACUUCCUUGCCCGUAUCCACCUCUUCCUGCUCAAGAUUGGAGUAGAUCCACGGAGACUGAGAUUCAGGCAACACAUGGCGAACGAAAUGGCGCACUAUGCAACGGAUUGCUGGGAUGCCGAAAUCCAGAAUUCAUCCGGCUGGACGGAGUGUGUCGGCUGUGCCGACCGUGCUGCUUACGAUCUUUCAGUCCACUCGGCACGCACUGGGCAUCCACUAGUCGUCCGCCAGGCCCUCAAAGAGCCAAUAGUCACUGAACGAGAGGUACCCGAGUUCAACAAAAAGGUUCUUGGAAAGACGCUGGGUCGGGAUGCUGGCCUGGUGCAGCGUGUUGUUGGGGAGAUGAGUCAAGAAGAACUCGUCAGGUUAAAAGGAGAGUUAUCCCAAGGGUCCGCGACAAUAUCUGCAGACGAGAAACAAAUCGCUCUCACGCCUGAGCUACUUACCAUAGAACGAAAGACAUUCAAGCAAUCUAAUCUCAACGAACUGUUCAAGUCCGUGAAUUCGUUUCCAAAUGUGAUCGAACCCUCGUUCGGUUUUGGGCGGAUUUUAUAUUCGCUGCUGGAACAUUCUUUUUGGUGCAGGGAGCAGGAUGUCGAGCGUGGUGUCCUCUCGCUGCCCCCGCUCGUUGCGCCAACAAAAGUCCUCAUAGUACCUCUGAGUGCAAAAGAAGAAUUUGACCCGCUUAUCGAGGAAGUCUCUAUGAAACUCCGCAGAUGUGGUAUAUUCUCCCGCGUCGACGAUUCGAAUACGUCGAUCGGCAAACGGUAUGCUCGUAAUGAUGAGCUUGGCACGCCGUAUGGUGUCACGCUCGAUUUUGCUUCGCUUCAAAAUCGGACGAUGACACUCCGUGAACGCGACACUACCGACCAACUCAUAGGUUCUAUCGAUGAUGUCAUUUCCGUAAUAAUGGGAUUGGUCCAUGGAGCGCUCACUUGGGAAGAUGCAUGCACGCGCCUUAAGGCAUACGGCGGUGUGCAAGCUAUCGAGUAGACUCAUGUAUAUGGUCUCCGGUCUGAGGUGCAUCUAUUUCAGUCUGUAACGUAGGUCAUUGUCUACUGAGUACAGGUAAAGCUCGGAACAUCGUAGACUCGUAGAUACCAGAAACGUAAGAGUUGG